CUGCAGAGGUUCGAUGACCCAAAGGAGAGGAGCAGGAUCAAGAAGUUGUUCGAGAAGGCUGAACUUUCGGCUUCCUCAUACGACACCGCAUGGGUAGCCAUGGUUCCUGCUCCAACAGCUUCUAGUACUGAUCGUCAUGAUCAAGUCCCUUGUUUUCCUGAAACCCUGAACUGGAUACUGGAGAAUCAACACAAGGAUGGCUCUUGGGGUCUGCCUUCUGCCGCUGAUGAUCGCACCAGAAACCCUAACUUGCUCCUGAAGGACUCGCUUUCGUCGACUCUGGCUUGUGUUCUUGCUCUCAAGCGAUGGGGCGUCGGGGAUCAACACAUUCACAACGCCCUCGGAUUUAUAGGCCGCAACUCGGGUUCACUCACCGAUUCAAGCCAACAAGCGCCAAUCGGCUUCGACGUCGUAUUUCCCGCAAUGAUUCAAACAUGCGCGCAGGAUUUCGAUUUGAAUCUCCCGCUCAAUUCCGCGAACCUUGGCGCCAUGUUCCGCAACAGAGACUCCAUUCUCAGCUCUGCCGCUCACCAUCGAUCCGGUGGCCGCGACGCUUUCUUGGCCUACAUCUCUGAAGGAAUGGGGAAUUCUCCCGAUCACUGGGAAACCGCGAGGAAGUUCCAGAGGAAGAACGGCUCCCUCUUCAACUCGCCGUCCGCCACCGCCGCCGCGUUUAUGCACCUUCGCGACGCCGAUUCGCUCGGCUACCUCCGGUCGAUCGUCGACGUCAAUUCCGCUGCGGUCCCGGCAAUUUACCCCAACGGAAUCCAGACCCAGCUCUCUUUAAUCGAUGCAAUCGAGAGUUUGGGGAUCAAUCGGCUUUUCGGCGAAGAGAUUGAGCAGGCAUUGGAUGAGAUCUACACGAGCUGGAUACAGGGAGAUGAAGAGAUCUUCCUCGACCCCACAACUUGCUCCAUGGCGUUCAGGAUACUGCGCCUCAAUAGAUACCCUGUCUCUCCAGACGUGUUCAAUCGGUUCACAGAAGAUCGAUUCUGGGACGAUACGAUGGAAGGGUAUCUGAAAGAUGAGAUGGCAGUGUUGGAGUUACACAAGGCCUCGAAUGUUUUGUACCCAAAUGAGUCGAUUCUUGUACACCAGCAGUCCUGGACGAACGAGUUCUUGAUGAAAUCGAUGGAAUCGUCCCCAAAUUCUGCGAAUCGGACUAGGUCAAGAGCUAGUGAAUCCAUUUCCACGCAGGUGGAUGAUGUGCUUAACUAUCCGUUCAAGGGGGAUUUGGAUCGGUUAGCUCACAGAAGAAACAUUGAGCAAUACUGUACUGAUAACACCAGGACAUUGAAAUCCUCUUUCAGGUGUUCAAGCUUUGGGAGUGAAGACUUGCUAAAACUAGCUGCUGCUGAUUUCAACUUCUGCCAGUCAGUGCACCAGAAAGAACUAAACCAACUCAUGAGUUGGCUUAAGGAAUACAAGCUGGAAGACAUGAGAUUGGCCAAGGUGAAGAUGGGAUACUGCUACUUCUCAGCUGCAGCUACUUACUACGACCCUGAGCUCUCCGAUGCCCGCAUCUCGUGGGCCAAGCACAGCCUUCUCACCUCUCUCAUUGAUGACUUCUACGACAUCUUCGGGACCGCAGAGGAGCACCUCAACCUCCUGGAGCUCUUCGAGAGGUGGGAUGUGAAUGGCCCCAGGGCAGAAUUUUGUACAGAGGAAGUGAAAACGUUCUACUGGGCACUUCACAGUGCUAUUUGUGAGACAGUGGAGAAUGCAUUUGCCUGGCAGGGGCGUAAUGUCAUGGACCAUGUUGUUGAACUUUGGGUGGAUGUGUUGAGAACAAUGCUGGAAGAAGCAGAAUGGUCGCGAACCAACACGUUGCCAACACUCGACGAAUACAUGAGAAAUGGAUACAUUUCAUUCGCUUUAGGACCCAUUGUGUUGCCUUCUCUGUACAUGGUUGGACCUCAGCUCCCAGAUGAAGUGGCUAAGGGUCCAGAAGUCCACCAUCUGUUCAAAGUUAUGAGCACAUGUGGGCGCUUGUUGAAUGAUUGCAGAAGCUUCCAGAGAGAAGCUGAAGAAGGGAUUUCGAACGCGGUCUCGUUGCGAAUGAGCCAGGGGAUUGACACUGCAGAGGAAGCCAUUGAAGAGAUCAAAGGGUUGAUUGACGAGCAGACGAAAGAACUGCUGAGAAUGGUUUUGGAUGAAAGGAACACCAGUGCGGUUCCCAAAGAAUGCAGGGAGUUGUUCUGGAAGAUGAACAAAGUGUUACAUAUGGUUUACAAGAAGGAAGACACCUACAAUUCCACUAAAUUGGUCCAAAUUGCAGAGUCUGUGAUUAAGGAGCCCAUCUCCUUGUCUGUCAUGGAUUCACGUGUAAUUUAA